AUAAAAAGCAACAACAGCAACAUCAUCGGCAGCAGCUACUAGCUCCCAACCAAAAACAAGAAUAACAACAAGGAUAAAGAAGAAGGUGGUCUGCUCUGGCUGGCUUCUCUAGAGCUCUACCUAUCUAGCUUCCCGCAAGCAAAAGUGCAAAGCAAAACUCUUCUACCAACUCCUAUCAUUUCUUUCCGUUUUCGGUGUUUUACCAGUCAAGCUCUCUUAAAACCAGGUGGGUGGUGGUUGUUUCUUCUAAACAAGGGAGGGUGAAGAAGAAUACCAAUUUUCUCAUACGUGUUUUGGAGGUGCAGUAUCAGAAGGAAGGAAGAAAGAAAGCUUAGACCUCAACUAGCUAUUAGUCCAACACAGGUGGUGGGGUGGUGUGGAACACAAGGAGAAAGAGAAGAAGAAAAGAAGAAGAAAGAAGAAGCUUUGUUCCUGAAGUGCACCAGCGUUCUCACAAGGGGGGUGCCGGGGUUGGUGUGGUGGCUAAGUAAUGCGUGCAGGAGCUUGUACGGUGCAGCAGACCCUCACAUCGGAGGCUGCUUCGGUCCUCAAACACUCGCUUGGGUUGGCAAGGAGGAGGGGCCAUGCUCAGGUCACCCCACUCCAUGUGGCUGCAACCUUGCUGAGUCCAAGAGCAAGUCUUCUGAGGAGGGCUUGCCUCAAGUCUCAUCCACAUUCAACUUCACAUCCUCUCCAAUGCAGAGCUCUUGAGCUUUGCUUCAAUGUGGCUCUCAAUAGGCUCCCUACAACACCUGGUCCUCUCCUCCAUGGCCAACCUUCUCUUUCCAAUGCUCUUAUUGCAGCACUUAAAAGAGCACAGGCACACCAGAGGAGGGGUUGCAUUGAACAGCAGCAACAGCAGCCACUGUUGGCCAUCAAAGUAGAACUAGAACAACUCAUUAUAUCCAUAUUAGAUGACCCUAGUGUUAGUCGGGUGAUGAGAGAAGCUGGGUUCUCUAGCACCUCUGUGAAAAACAACCUAGAGGACUCUUCGGCUUCUGUUUUCCAGUGUUACAGUAGCUCCGGUGGGGUUUUCUCUUCUCCUAAUUCACCUCCUACUGAAACUCAUAGGGACAUCAUCAACCACAGCACUUUCUGGCAGACCCAUUUGUUGAAUUGCUAUUCUGAGCAAAAUCCAGUUCUCUUUUCCACACCCAAGAAAAACUUAGGAAACCAUGUUAGAGACUCAGCCACCGAAAAGGAGGAUGUCAGGGUAGUUUUGGAGGUCUUGUUAAGGAAGAAAAGAAGGAAUACAGUGGUUGUUGGGGACAGUGUGUCGACGACAGAAGGUCUGGUUGCAGAGCUCAUGGCGAAGGUGGAGAGAGGAGAGGUUCCCGAUGAAUUAAGAUCUGUCCAUUUCAUUAAAUUCCAGUUCUCUUCAGUGUCCUUAAGGUUCAUGAAGAGAGAGGACGUGGAAAUGAAGGUCUCAGACUUGAGAAGGAAAGUGGGCUCUCUUGCAUCAGGAGGAGGAGCUAUCAUCUACGCAGGGGACCUGAAAUGGACAGUUGAAACAAAUUCCUGUGACAGAGAUGGUGGAUUCUCGGUCGGAGAAGUCGAUAAUUAUAGCCCAGUUGAUCAUCUAAUUGCAGAGAUUGGGAGGUUGAUCUCUGAUUACAGCUGCUCCAACAGUAAAGUGUGGUUAAUGGCCACUGCUAAUUACCAGACCUACAUGAGGUGCCAGAUGAAGCAACCUCCUCUUGAGAUUCUAUGGACCCUCCAAGCUGUUUCUGUUCCUUCAGGAGGACUUGGUUUGAGCCUACAUGCUUCCAGUGCCCUUGAUUCAAGAAUGACCCUCACACAAAAUCCAUCACAACUGCUGGAGGUGAAGCCUUUUGCCAAGGAAGAACAGGAGAGACUAACUUGUUGUGCUGAGUGCACCUCCAAUUUUGAAAGAGAAGCAGGGCUUCUCAAAUCAGGGUACCAGAAACCUUCCUCACUUUGCAACACCAAAGACAUGGAGAAAGGCUCAACCAACUUGCCUUAUUGGUUGCAGCCUCAUAGGACUAACACCCAUCACAAGGAUGAUUUGGUUGAGCUGAGAAGAAAAUGGAACAGGUUAUGCCAGAGCAUACACCAUCCAAGGCCUGACCAAACGCACUUGGGUUCUUCCUUCCUUAACAACUUAAGGGGUAAGAGCUACAACUAUGCGUCAUCAUACUCAUGGUGGUCUACUGGGUCACAGUACAAUCAGAACAGUGUCUUUGCAGACCCAAAUUCAAUUUCCUUCACCGAAACUCCAUCGAAACCUAACCAUAAACCAAACUUUUUGUCUCAAUUCGGAACCCAGCAGUCCUGCUCCAUUGAAUUUGGUUCUGUUAAUGGGAUGCAGAAAAACCAGCCACCGGAACCAAACCUGGAUUUCCUUAGGAACACAGAUAACAAGGAUGUUAAGAUCACUCUUGCUCUUGGAAAUUCUCUGUUUUCUGAUUCCAUAACAAAUCAGGAUCAGAAAAGGGAAGGAACCAUUGACUCGAGAGAUUUGUGUAAGCUACUUAAAGAGAAUGUCCCUUGGCAAUCUGAGAUCAUUCCUUCCAUUGCAGAAGCUUUACUCAGUUCCAGAUGUAAAAGGAACAAGGGGACUUGGUUACUAAUUCAGGGGACAGAUUGGAUUGGAAAGAGAAGAUUGGCGCUUGGAACUGCUGAGUUUCUUUGUGGGUCUGCAGAUCACCUUGUCCACAUGAACAUGAGAAGAAAAGAAGAUGAGGGCGUCUCAUUCUCUAACAUUCUCACAAAAGCCUUAAGAAACCACAAUAAAUGCGUUGUUUUGAUUGAGGAUAUUGAUUAUGCUGAUGAUGACUUUGUAAAAUUCCUUGCCAACAUUCUCGAAUCUAGUAAUGGCGAAGACCCAAUUGACAGAGAUCUCUCUUUCGAUCAGGCCAUAUUCAUUGUGACUACUAGUUGUUCCAAAAGCUACAUGGACAGGAACAAGAAAGAGGAUAUUGUAAUCCAGAUGAAACUGCAGGUUGAAGAAACAACUCCCAGCUUAGGAGCUCUCAACCCUGAUCAUAAGCGAAAGGCCGAAUGGGAUUUGUCAAAUAAGAUCAAGAAUCCCAGAAAAGGUGAGAAGGAAGACGUUUCUUCAGUCUCUGAUGACAAUGGAAGCAACAAGAGGGAGUUGUCAAGGCAGUUAAGCUCCAACACUCUUGAUUUGAAUAUACGAGCUGAGGAGGAAGAAGAGGAAGAAGACAACAAACCAAAUGAGGCCAUCACUGAUCUCAAAGAUAUGACUCGAGAAAUCUCACAUGGGUUCCUUGAAUCAAUUGAGAAGAGAUUUAUUUUGAAUGAAAAGGCGACUCUGUUGGAUCAAAUGACAGAGAGUUUCAUGGCAAAGAUCAAAGGAUCUUUUGAAGAGGUGUAUGGGAGUGAAAGGGGAGAAAGUUUUUGUGUAGAUAGGGUGGUGUUAGAAGAGGUGGUAGUUGGGUCUUGUUCUUUUCUAAAUAGCUUGUUUGAAAAAUGGCUGAAAGCCAUUUUUCAAACAAGCUUGGAAACAGUUAAAAAGGGCGGGAAGGAAGGGACCGUUAAGCUCUUGUUUGGAGGCAAAAGGGAGAGUGUUGUGGAGUCUGGGUUCAUGGACUCUAGUCUUCCAAACACCAUCCAAGUUGCCUACAAGGAGUAAGCAUGAGAUGAGCGGUUCCAUGUAAACUUUUACUUUCCAGAGAAAUGGAAAAUGUUCAAUUUGCACUCUGUAAUCUUUUUGCAUUUUCCUAUUAACUGGGUCUUCUUUCUUUCUAAUUUUUCCAACCACCUCAUUUCUCUGUUUAUUUUCUCAUUUUUACUUCAUCAUUCUUGGGUUAUCAAAAGAAAGUUCUAUAAAGUGGAUCACCAAGUUGCUAAUUGCUGA